CCAGUGCCAUUUUAUUUGUGAAAUGUCAUAAAGCGUUGGUUAAUGGCACAUUAAAAAUUGUCGCGUAGAAAUAAUUAGUUAUUUUACACGGUUUGUAGUAAAAAUUAAAAUUAUAAAAGAAGGACAACAUAAACUGGUGAAUCAUAGUGCAUUUAAUGUAUUGCUAUAUAGAAAAUUAAUAAAAUUUCAACUGCCUAAUUAAUGUGUAAAUUACACAGGAAUUUAGUAGCUGAAAGCAGUGAAUUUUUCAAGCGCGGGAAUAUAUGUUUUAUGUGAUUUGUUUUAAUUGAAUGCUUGGUGUAAUAAAUUAUUUUAUACGAAAGUUGCGAACUCUUAAAGUUACAGUUGUGGCAAAACUAAUUUGUGGUUAUAAUUUAUUAUUAAAGAGCGCACAAAUGGAAUAUGUACUUAUUAUAUAAAAUAUGUCUAUAGUUGCAAUAAUACAAUGUUUUAUGUAAAAUGCGAAGUGGCAAAAAACUCAAAGCUGUGGAAGCAAAAAAAACACGUUUAUGCGUAGUAAGACUGCCAGACAUUAGGCAAACUACAAACAGAAAAGUCAAUUCAACUCCUAACAGCGUAAAAUUAACACCAACAGACGAUAAAAAAUUCAAAGGUCCACUCAAAAAACGUCCAAUAUCAGAUAUUUCAACUCCAAAAACUUCAGCAUCCAUAAUGCCACCCAAAUCGAAAAAUAAGCCUGGUAGACCAUCGUUAAAAAAUAUUGUUAUUGACUCACCACCCCCCACUAUUGCAGCAGGAAGAUCGCGUCGUGCUAUCAAGCCAAAUCCAAAAUAUGCAAGUGAUGACUUAGUAACACCAAAGUUAAUAAAAAAUGUGGCUUUAUUGGGAGCAAGUGCAAGUAAGAAGACUACUCCAUCGGAAAAGCAACGAAAAGAGUCUUCAAGCAGCGACGAUUUCUUCAAUAAAGAAUCUGAUACUGAUGAGAUUAUAAAUUUGGACAAGGAAGUAAAGAUUAUUGACAAAAGUAGGGAUAGUGAUGAGGACUUUAUGGAGAUUGAAGAAGAACCUGUAAUUCAACCAAAACGACGAGGACGUCCACGUAAAGUAGAUAAAGUACAAACUCCACGAUUGAGUCAAUCGGUCAAAGUUGGACAAAUAUCGCGUAAUACACCAGUUAAUAAAUCUACACCAUCACAACUACAACAAUUACGUAAAACGUUCGCAUCCAGUGUUAAACGAAUUAGUGAAACAAAUUUGAAAAGAGCUCUCGAAUCAACCGAAGAGAGUGAUAAUGAUAGCGUCAGCACUCGUAAAAAGUUGCUAUUAUCUGCUGGAAUGACACUUACAAAAUUUAAAACGAUUGAGAAGGAAGAAAAGAAAGAACCACAAUUAAAGCAAUCGUUUCUUCAAAGUCGUAAAUCUUUAAAUUUAAAUGCAAUAAAUAAUAAUAAGAGCGUUAACAAAUUAAGUUCUAUUCAACAACAUGCGUUGGCAAUUCAAGAAAAACGAAAAAUGUUAGAAAAAACAAUUAAUAAAACAAAUUUAACACCACCUUCCUCAGAUUUACAGUUAAACCAAAUCUCUGCAAAUAAAACGCUAAACUUAUUAAAAGCCUCUGCCGAAAAACGGCGUAGUUCUUCACCCUCUUCGAAAAAUUUAUUGGAUAAAAGAUCGAAAGAGGAAGACAAAUUAUAUGUUGUAGAACCAAGUUCCGCAAAUAAACCGAAGGAAGCAAUGCCAACAUUUACAAUUGUAAAUAUAAAUGAUAUCAUUAAUAAAAAAGGAGACGUUCUAAUAUCACAAACAGAUGCGAAUGUUACCACGAAAGUUAGUAAAGACGAAAGUCCUAGUACUAGUUCAACAAAAAGCACCGUAACAUCUUCAAUAAGGGGACGACGCAAGGCGUUACAUACAACUAUUCGUUCAGAGAAAGCAGACUCCGAUAACGAUGUUACUCCUGCUACAAACACUCCAAACAAUCAGAAGAAGGCCACGAAAACCAUUUUGAAUCAUACCCUUAAUAAAAAAAUAUUAACAAGGACAAAUGCACAAAAUUCAGCUGCGAAACCUGCACCAGUAGAAAAACCAGCUCCACGUAUAUUAAAUUCAGUAGUAGCGAAGAAAAUGCAGCCUGUCCGACCGAUGAUAGCAAAUCCGGAUGAUUCAGCUGAUGAAAGUUUUCCACUCUCUCUCGGCGAUGAAGAGGAAUUUGAGGAUGAUUUAGAUAUUGAUAAACCGCAGUAUCACAAUAAAAAAACUAUUCCUACUAAGGAAAAUUUAUCAGCUAUAAAUAAUCGCUUACCACAAAAAAUGGCACAAAAAACGACUCCAGAAAAAGUUGUUAUUUCACGACACGGCGACAAAAUAAUAAAAAAAAUUACAUGCUUUGAAACGUGGUAUGUUAUCAAUCCACCAGAAGAACGGGCACCUGUAACAAUUCGUAAUCAAUUUGAAAUUCCAAUGAUUAAAUUAGCAAAUAAAGCUAGCGAGGUGCUACUUCCCUCAGAUAGUUGGAGUUAUAAAGUUACUCUGUGCGAACUAGCACCGUCAGUUAUUAUGAAAUCAAACCUUACUACUUACACUGGUGACUUAAGCGCACAAAAUAUUCCAGAAGAGGAUCGUGCAAGGUACCAACCGUCAUGUGUAAUGUUUCGUAGAUCAGUAAACGAUAGACUGAAAUCGAGAUUACCUUUUGAUCGAGCUGUAAUAUUUAAAAAUAAAACAUUCUUUACUAACAUUGAAGGCAAAAAUGUAAAAUUAAUUGGCGCGCCAACAACGAUUCGGGACUUAAGUGAGGUUGAGACUUUAUUGGAAAUCGUUGACCUUCUUACCUUGGGGAGUGAUUUAGUAGAGACUGCAACAACAAUGCAGUAAAAUAUAUUGAUAUUUUAUGUACUAUAAUAAAUAAAUCUGUUGAUUUUUGUAA